UUUAUCACGCGACAUUUGUUCGGGUGAAAAAGAUGGAUACCCCCACGAUACAAGCGUUUUUCAUAUGUUUACAAAUAUGUUGUGCAAUGACGGGUAUGUUAUAUCCGAGGUAUUCAGUGUCACGAACUUUUAUCCAAAAUAUAGACGGUUUGUGGAAUUUUAGAAUAGACACAUCUGAGAGCCGGGUCCGUGGAUUCGAUGAAAACUGGUUCUCUAGGCCUCUAAAGCAGAGUGGGCCUGUUAUACCGAUGCCAGUCCCAGCCAGCUACAAUGACAUUACCCAGAGUAAGAAACUACGAGAUUUUGUGGGAUGGGCUUGGUAUGACAACGAAUUCUACAUCCCACCAGAAUUCACCUCAAAGAGGAUUGUAUUGCGGAUUGACAGUGCACAUUACAACACCAUUGUAUGGGUGAAUGGGCAGGAGGUGAUGCAGCAUUCCGGAGGGCACCUGCCAUUUGAAACAGAAUUAAAAAAUUAUAAUACAAAUGGCCCUAAUAGAAUGACCGUAGCUAUAAAUAACACACUGACCCCCACAACACUACCUCCAGGGACCAUUGAGUACAAAAAUGAUCCAAUCAAGUAUCCAAAAGGAUAUUUUGUCCAAAAUCUUCAGAUGGAUUUUUUCAACUAUGCUGGAAUCCACAGAUCAGUUAAAGUCUAUACUACACCAAAAGUUUACGUUGAUGACAUCACCAUAGUUACUGAUAUACAUGGAAGCAAUGGUGUUGUUAGUUACACAGUGUCGCCAAACAUUGCUUCCAUGGUCCAGUCAAUCCAAGUAACCAUCCUAGACAAGGAAGGUAACUCUGUUGGGCAGAGUAGCCAACCAGUCGGACAAAUAACUGUACACAAUGCCAAAUUCUGGUGGCCUUAUACCAUGGUGAACUCAUCAAAUGACGCUGCCUAUCUGUAUACAUUUAAGGUGACCUUGACCUCAACAUCUGCUGAUAUAGAUCAGUACAGUCUCCCAUUUGGUAUCCGCACUGUGUCUAACACCAACACACAGCUUCUGAUCAACAAUAAACCAUUCUACUGCCAUGGAGUUGCCAAACAUGAGGAUUCUGAUAUCAGAGGCAAAGGACUAGAUUAUCCCUUGAUUGCCAAGGACUUUAAUCUACUGAAGUGGCUGGGUGCUAACUGUUUCAGAACAUCUCAUUACCCCUAUGCUGAGGAGAUUAUGGACCAAGCUGACCAACAGGGCAUUGUGGUUAUUGAUGAAAGUCCAGGUGUAGGGAUAGAGCAAAAUAACUUUGGAAAUGAAUCCUUGGUUCACCAUUUGAAUGUAAUGGAUGAAAUGAUUCAGAGGGACAAGAACCGUCCAGCUGUGAUAAUCUGGUCAAUUGCUAAUGAACCAAAGACUGGGCUACCAGCGUCAGAGUACUAUUUCAAGACAAUUUUGCAGCAUGUGAAGAAAUCAGAUCCAACCAGACUUGUUACGUUUGUUGCCAAUGCUGACUAUGAUGAGGAAAAAGUUGCCCAGUACAAUGAUAUCUUGUGUAUUAACCGAUACUAUGCCUGGUAUUCUGACUGUUCACACACUGAGCUGAUUAAUCUACAACUGACCAAUGAUCUCAAAGCUUUUCAUAAUAAAUACAAUAAGCCAAUCAUUGUCACAGAAUAUGGAGCUGAUACAAUUCCAGGAUAUCAUCAGGACCCAUCCUUUGUGUUUACAGAGGAAUUUCAGGUGGAGUUUCUUCAGGAAUAUCAUAAGGUUUUUGACAGUCUGAGACAAGAGUUCCUGGUAGGAGAAAUGCCUUGGAAUUUUGCUGAUUUCAUGACUAUUCAACAGAUAAUUCGUGUGGUUGGGAAUAAGAAAGGGUUAUUCACUCGUCAGAGGCAGCCAAAGAUGUCUGCACAUUUAAUUAGGUCCAGAUACUUCAAUUUAAUGCAAACAAACACCACCCAUCAUAGCAACAUUCAUGGACAUAGUUCUGUAACCCCAAAGCCCUUUUUACCCAUUAUUUUCCCUGUUGGGUAA